CCGCCACCGAACGCAAUCCAUUUCCUUCCAAUUCCUUCCUUAAAAAAAAAAAAAAAAGAAAAAAGAAAAAAAGAAAAGAAAAGAAAAGAUGGGUAUGAUUCAGGAGCCACUCUCCGCUAACUGUGGCGCUAAAUCGCUCCUUCCUCUUUUCUAUUUUUAGAUUUUCCACGACGUGUUCUUCGCUGCAGUAAUCUCCGCCACCCCUUUUCUUCAUUUUCCCUUUUUCUUUGGGGGUGGGGAUUUUUGUUUCAGGGUUUUCUUCUCUUAAUCUCUCCGAUUCGGGGGGGGAAGGAGGAGAAGACUCUUCUCCUUCUGUUUCUGUCAACCUAAUGAUUGGGAUUGUUCUUUUCUAUUAAGAAAUUAGCGAUUUCGGUUGCGGUUCUUUCAUGUUUUGAUGGGUUUUUGAUUUUGGGUUCGGGAAAUAUGAGUUGCUUUUCUUGUAUUUCUCCUCGUACUCAAGAUGGGAGCCGGGUCGAAACUGAUAGUCGUGUUCGAUUUGAAUCCCGCCAUUCUGUUAAUUCCUCAGGUACAUGGAGGGGAAAAGAAGGUGAGAGCAACCGUGAAAGCUGUCCAAAGGGGAGCGCAGCUGCUCGUAGUUUUACGUUUCGUGAACUCGCCAUGGCUACUCGAGGUUUCAAGGAAGUAAAUUUGCUUGGAGAGGGUGGUUUUGGACGUGUCUACAAAGGUCGUUUGGAAAGAGGACAGAUUGUUGCAGUUAAACAGCUUAAUCGCGAUGGGCUUCAAGGCUUUCAGGAAUUUAUUGUGGAGGUUCUCAUGUUGAGUCUGUUGCACCAUCCUAAUCUCGUCACCUUGAUUGGUUACUGUACUGAUGGAGAUCAAAGGCUUUUGGUUUAUGAGUACAUGCCUAUGGGAAGCCUGGAAGAUCAUCUCUUUGAUUUGGAUACCGACAAAAAGCCACUGAGUUGGAAUACAAGGAUGAAGAUAGCAGUCGCUGCUGCUCGAGGCCUCGAGUAUCUCCACUGUAAAGCAAAUCCCCCAGUCAUAUACCGUGACUUGAAGUCAGCUAAUAUCUUAUUGGACAAUGACUUUAAUCCUAAGCUUUCAGAUUUCGGACUAGCUAAACUGGGACCUGUUGGCGACAAUACUCAUGUUUCAACUAGAGUAAUGGGAACAUAUGGAUAUUGUGCUCCAGAGUAUGCCAUGAGUGGUAAAUUAACCCUUAAAUCUGAUAUUUACAGCUUUGGCGUGGUUCUGCUUGAGCUUAUUACGGGGCGCAAGGUAAUUGAUACAAAAAGGAGACCUGGAGAGCAGAACUUAGUUGCUUGGUCCCGUCCUGUACUUAAGGACCGGAGAAAGUUUGCGGAAUUAGUUGAUCCCCUGUUGGAAGGACACUUCCCUCUUCGUUGUUUGCAACACGCAGUUGCAAUUACUGCAAUGUGUCUUCAGGAACAACCAUCAUUUCGCCCUCUUAUUAGUGAUAUUGUUGUAGCACUCGAGUAUUUGGCCUCUCAAAGUUAUUUACAAGAACUACGGAAUGGUAGGAUUUAUAAUUCAUCAAAAUCAUCACCCUCACAACAGAAUGGAGACACCCAUGCCCCGGCACCAGAUCCCUGAAAUUGCUAAACUUCUGUUUGGAGGUUGCUGUAUAUAAGUUGCUGAAAAAGCUACGUGCAUAGACGUGUGAAGCGUGUAAGAUAAAAGCAAUGUGAAGCAUGUUUUGUAAUGUAAUAUAUGCCAUUCAAAACGAUUAGGUAUAUAACCUGUACGAAACUAUGAACAAGUAUUUGACUCAAAGGAGAAUAGAAGAAACAUGUUUUACACCCGACUUCAGCAGAAAGCAGCUUGGUUAAAAGGUACAUAUCGAUUUUCUGCUGUUUUAUUUGAGUUAAGUUCUGAACGUCUCGGUUCAGCUUGACGACUGCGAAAGCUACCCAGGAUGUUCCAAGGUACACAUCAGUGUCUUUGCUCUGGUAUCUUUGUACAUGAAUAAUAAUACUCGUAAAUGAAAUCUAUGUAUGUAGUUUGUAAGAAGGUCCCUGAUUCCCCCCCUUCCCUCACCCACCCCAUCAUCUAUACUAUUUUGUUUUUUCAUUUGUUUUAGAGAGGUGAAGAAAGUGCUCUCUCUUUCUUUUUCUUUUUUUUUUUCUUUGCAAUACAUUACACUUCAAUAUAUAAUGAUAAAUAUGAGUUAUGUUAUGAAUAAAA